AUGCAUAAACACGGCGUGAGUAUCACGGCCGUCUCAUGGAUUUUUGGCGGCAUUGCCCUGGGUGCUGUUGGUGCACGAUUGUACACUCGAGUGGUAGCUCUGCGGCGUUCUGGCUGGGAUGACUUCUUCAUCGCCUUGUCGCUGGCUAGCGCCCUGGUGUGCUCGGCCUUGGUCCAGGUGGCCGUCGCCAACGGACUGGGAAUGCAUGCUGCCGAUAUCACAGACCCGAAUCAACUACUGCGAGCGUUCAAAUACACCGUCAUCGCACCCAACUUCUCCGUGGUCAGCACCACCACCGGCAAAAUGAGCGUCACUCUCUUUCUGUUGCGGCUCAUGGGCCAGUCUGCGACUCUGGCGCGUCGAUGGUUCUUGUAUAUUCUUAUGACCAUCUGUGUGGCGUGGAACACUCUCGCCAUUAUUGCCAUCAUCGGCUUUUGUCGGCCCGCGGAGAAGAUCUGGAAUCCGAAAGUCCCAGGGUCUUGCUUCAGUUUGAACUUCCAGUUGAUCGCUGGAACAUCCCAAGCUGCCUUCAACGCCUUCAACGAUUUUGCUCUCGCGGUCUUUCCGGCUUAUAUCUUCUGGCGCGUGCAGCUGCCCCUCAAGAUGAAGGUUGCUAUCAUCGCCGUCAUGGGAGCGGGUAUCUUUGCGGCGGCGGCCACUCUGGUCAAAUGCAUCUUGCUAAAGAAUCUCCCUGCACAUGCCGACAUUACCUGGUCCUGGGCCAACAUCACCCUCUGGUAUACGAUCGAGAUGUAUGUCAUCAUAAUCUGCGCGUCCCUGCCCACCCUCCGACAGUCCUACUCCGUGGUGUUACACCGUUCCCAUAAGAGUUCAGCAUAUACACGAACGCAGUCCGACGCCAGACAGAAACCUAUCCCUCUCGUGCGCCGCCCCAUGGAUGCCUCGCUGUUGGUUACUCGCACCGAGCCCCCGGGUGGUACGGAACACGACCGCCAUUCCAGCCAGGAGAGUAUCUUGGGGGCCUCAAGGAUCCAGAAGACGACGGAUGUUCAUGUGGUUCAGGAGACUCGGCCAGAGAGAGGAGAGGAUCCACAUUUCUCGCGGCCAAAUCCUUUCCGAAGUCCUGCUUAA